GAAGAAGAAGAAAAUUUUUGAGUGACGACGUUUUAUUGUUGACAAAUUGGUUAUUACGUCAAUUUUUAGAUUUGUGCGUAUAAAGUUUAAAAACAUUAACAUUUCAUUGUGUUAUUUCACGAAAAUUGGGAUCCAUUUAGCUAUACUAAAAAUUUUUGUAAAGGCAUUUAAUGUAGAAACAUCGGCUGAAUAAGUAUUCUCGUUAACACACAAAACAUUCAAUAAUGGAUGAAGAUAUUUUAACUACCUUAAAAAUCCUUAUAAUAGGAGAGAGUGGUGUGGGAAAAUCGAGCUUACUAUUAAGGUUUACGGAAGACAAUUUUGAUCCAGAACAAACUUUAACGAUAGGCGUAGAUUUUAAAACGAAAAGGUUAACGGUGGAUGGAAAUACCGUAAAAUUAGCUAUAUGGGAUACGGCUGGCCAAGAAAGGUUUCGCACAUUGACCCCUUCCUAUUAUCGAGAUGCCCAAGGUGCUAUAUUAGUAUUCGAUGUUAGUAAUUACGCCUCCUUUGCUAAGUUGGAAACAUGGAUAAACGAACUAGAAACAUAUUCUACAAAAAGUAAUAUAGUAAAAAUGAUAGUUGGGAAUAAAAUAGAUAUUGAAAAACGUGAGGUACCUAGGGAAGAAGCUAAAAACUUUGCAAGGAGACAUCAAACCCUGUAUAUCGAAGCUAGUGCUAAAACAAGAGACGGUGUUGCAUCUGCUUUUGAGGAAUUAGUGCAUAAGAUAAUUCAAACUCCUGGGUUGUGGGAAUCUUAUGCAGGUGAUAGUAUUCAUAUUGGUGAAAAGGAACAUCCAUCUCAUUCGGGUUGUACAUCGUAUUGCAGUCUAAUCUAGAGCUUUCAUAAAAACUAUUUAAAUAAUAAUAUAGCUAAAAUUUAAACCACAUGCUUCUGCAUGAACUUGAAAUCGGUAAAUGGUAAAUACCUCGGAGUAUGAUCUGUGUAAUAUAUUUAAAUGUCACCAUAUUGGAAA